GAGCGGCCGGGCCGCGGUAAACAGGCAGCGCCGCGCCUCCGGGGCCCGGUGGGGCGGGGAUUCCCCGCCCAGCGCGCACGGAGCCGCCCGCGCCCCGCCGCCGCUGCAGCGCCGCCCGGAGCGGCCCGGGGGCGGCGGCCGUGGGAGGGGAACCCGGGGAGCAGCUUCCCUCGCGCGAGAGGGCGAGACGCGGAGCAAACUUUCUAGCGGCUUCGGCGUGGAGGUGGCCGCGGCGGCUCGCAGACCCUCGGCGGGCGCUGGAGCCGGUGGCGGGUGCAGAGCUACCCUCCUCUGCCCCACACCACUCUUCGCUGAAAGGAUCCGCUGCGAGGCAGUGCCACCUGCUGUGAGGACCAGGGUGGGAUUCGCUUGGUGCCAUCUGCAGACAGAGCCGCAGUGAGGUCUCAGGGGGAAGACGGUCGGCCUGCAUCCCUGAACGGAGAGCUGCAUGGGAGGCCCCGGCGUCUGGGGGCCGCUGUCUGCGUUUCACACCGGGAGACAGAAUCGGUCGGAGAGCCCAUGUUUAUCCUGGAAGCAGAAGGAUUAGAAAAACGUGUCUCCUGAGAACAUUCCCGUCUCCUUCUGGAUCUGAAGCCUGGGGGGAACAAUGGAUGUCAUAGAGACAGCAAAGCUGGAAGAGCACAUGGAAAACCAGACCAACGAUCUGGCCAGCACGUACCCACGGCCCGCGGAGCCUGCCGAGGAAGAGGAGAAAAAUGGCAACGGGAAACCCAAGAGCCUGUCCAAUGGGCUGCGGAAGGGCACCAAGAAGUACCCGGACUACAUCCAGAUCUCCAUGCCCACGGACUCCAGGAGCAAGUUCCCCCUGGAGUGGUGGAAAACGGGCAUCGCCUUCGUGUACGCGCUCUUCAACCUCGUCCUGACCACCGUCAUGAUCACGGUCGUGCACGAGAGGGUGCCUCCCAAGGAGCUCAGCCCGCCGCUCCCAGACAAGUUCUUCGAUUACAUUGACCGGGUGAAGUGGGCGUUUUCUGUAUCAGAAAUAAAUGGGAUUAUAUUAGUUGGACUAUGGAUCACCCAGUGGCUUUUUCUGAGAUACAAGUCCAUAGUGGGGCGCAGGUUCUUCUUUAUCAUCGGAACGUUGUACCUGUACCGCUGUGUCACCAUGUACGUCACCACGCUGCCCGUGCCUGGCAUGCACUUCCAGUGCGCUCCGAAGCUCAACGGAGACUCUCAGGCCAAAGUGCAGCGGAUCCUGCGGCUGAUCUCCGGGGGAGGGCUGUCCAUAACGGGAUCGCACAUCCUGUGCGGAGACUUCCUCUUCAGCGGCCACACGGUUGUGCUGACAUUGACGUAUCUGUUCAUUAAAGAAUACUCGCCCCGGCACUUCUGGUGGUACCACCUGGUCUGCUGGCUGCUGAGCGCCGCCGGGAUCAUCUGCAUCCUCGUCGCUCACGAGCACUACACGGUCGACGUCAUCGUUGCCUAUUACAUCACCACGCGGCUGUUCUGGUGGUACCAUUCGAUGGCCAACGAGAAGAACCUGAAGGUCUCUUCACAGACUAAUUUCCUAUCGCGUGCGUGGUGGUUCCCCAUCUUCUAUUUUUUUGAGAAAAACGUACAAGGCUCGAUUCCUUGCUGCUUCUCCUGGCCGCUCUCCUGGCCUCCCGGCUGCUUUAAGUCUUCGUGCAAGAAGUACUCCCGGGUCCAGAAGAUGGGGGAGGACAGCGAGAAAUCUACCUGAGGAGCCGCACCACGGCUUCGGCUCUCACGCCAAAAGAGGUGUCGCUGUAACCAAAGGUAUAGUUUUGUGUGUUUUUUUUUUUUUUUUUAAUGUUAGGAGAACUGACUGGUCAUUGAAGACGUGGACCAAAUUUUGUGUAAAUGGUUAGAAAGAUGAACUGGUUUUUUAUGCCUCCGGAGAAAGUCCUGUCCUGUGGCUCUUCCUCCGCGGGAGGCCAGCCCCGCUCCCCCGGGACUUCCUGGCGAGCUUGUGAAGCGGUGCCUCCAAAGAACACGCUGCCUUUCCUGCGUCUUUCUCCACCGAAGCGUUUUUUUUUCAGGAUUUCUUUUCCUCCAACGUCAGAAGAACCUGCCAAGGUUUUCAAUAAACUAUCUGGGCGGAUACAACUGCCGUGUCACUGGAUAGCCUGAUGUCGAGAGCGGAUUUGAGCGUUGGGCCUCUCGAGGAGGGGGGGAGACGCAGGGGUUGUGAGUAAGCUUGGGGUGAACGUAUUCCCCCCGCCCUCAUCAGGGUCAUCAGGGUCCGGUCCGCGGAUACGUACUGCUGCUACCACCCGAGGUACUGUGUGUCAUCUUCACUUUAUUUAUUUUUUAAACAGAUCAUUUUAUUUAAAACGUUAAAAGAAAUGUGAUCUAAGUAAAUAUGGGAAUAUUUGGCACAUCCCACAGAGUUUGCUUGGAUGUAAAUAUUUAGUUUUCAGAGCUCCGUGAAGAUGCACAGGGCACAGGGCUGUGUCUGCUCACAGCGGUCCACCUGUGUGCGCCCUGGCCUGCCGUCUGCCCGGUACAUUUGCACCCGGUGCCCCAGCGCGGCAGACUGCCGGGCACAGGCUGAACAACGCGUGGGCAAACAGUUGCCCGUGCCACGUGGGGAACAAGCCUGCAUCCUCUCCCCCCGGGUGAGGCCUGUUUCAGGGCUGCUCAUUGGAACUCAGACAUGCAAUUGGUCACAUUUCACUAGACCCACUUCUUCCUGGUUACAGUCUGCUUUAUGGGAAAAGCAAGACGGGGUCCAAAAGUUUAAUGAAUGCAUCCUUGCCUUUUUUGCAAGAGGCCCAGCUUCUUACAAAGAGGCCCAGCUUCUUGUAAACGGGGUGUUUAUAGGAAGGAAGGACUAAGGAGACACACCACCAUGGAGUCAUUUUACUCUGACCCUGAAACCACACUACGGUGCUGCACUCGAACCUGCAGUUGGAAUCCAGCUGUGAGUGUAGCUAGUCGAUACAGGGGCCCGUCGUCGUUUCUAAAGUCCUCUCAGGUGAUGCAAACAGAGAGGGACUGGAUCGGACUUAACGCUGUCAGAGUUAGUGCAUGGUUUCAUGCUGUUGGGACUGCAGACAGUUCUUAAUUUCUUACAACUCCUAAGACCUUAGGCAAAGAUCUAAAGUUACACAGUCAUCCCCACAAAGACAAGAGAGGGAAGACAGUUACAUUGGCAUUGAAGGUAAACAUUUCCCACCACGGAGAAGGAAAAGCAAACAACAAAACAACAGAAACCACCCCUGAACGUGUCAUGAACUAGUCAGCCCCUGAUUGGAUGUACAAAACAGACCUUUAAAUUACUUGAGUGAAGCACAGAACAAACCUAAACGUGUUCAGGAAGGGUCACGAUGCUUUGGUGCUAACAUUCUCUGUGCUUCCGGUGUGGCGCCUGCCUUGUGUGCUAGAAGAAUCACUAAAGGACACGUAGCUGAAUGCAGCACCAGGAAGAAAGAGUCUCUCACCUGGUAUUUAAAACAAGAAACAAAAACCCUUAAACCUUCUUGACAGGUUUUGAAACGCAAGAAGUUCUUCUUGGUAUUUAUCACUAAGCCAGUAAGAAACAUAACCAUACCUUGCCAGAUGGUUAGCUGGAACCCCACAUCAUUUUCGCAUACUAAGUAGGGGCACGAGUGAAAAAACAAGGUGUUCUGUGUGAAGACACGGAGAUUAAAUUCCUGCAGUCUGAUUGUGAGGAAGAACAUCUGGCUCGGAAGCCUGGGCCUGUCUCUCCUGACACCAGUCCAUGGAGCCUCUGCUUUCAAUGAGGCAACCCGGUCUGUCUGAGAGAGCCCCCUCUUCAUCAAAUUAAAUUAGGGGACAUAUUUAAGCUUUUCAAAUCCUGGUGCAUUGGUUGCUGAGGCCCUCGAAAUUGUAAAACUUGCAUUUUAGCCAGGUAACUAGUUUUGUUUUUAAAUAAUGCCAUCACCUUUUAAAGAACUUGUAAAAAAGCUUCUGACUUCGCCUGUGGGUACAGCUGCCCCGUGUUCCUUGCAGUGUGUGCCGUAGCUGUCUCUUAGACGCUGCGGAAGCUUGUGGUACCAGAAUAAGGGUGGAGGGAAAAUAAUCAGGUUUCAAGGUGGGAAGGUGAGAAUAGUGAAUCUCAUUUACAUUUAGGGAAGCAAACUUGAGCUCUAACCCAACAUGCCACUUUGGAAUAUGAAAUGUGAACCAUUACUAGACUUAGGGUGGUGAUCAUUUCACAGUAUAUAGAAAUAGCAAAUCAUUAUGUUGUGAACCUGAAAUUAAUACGUCCCUUAUAUCUCUGUUUUAAAAAAAAAUUUUUUUUCGAUCUUGUCUUUGAAACAAUAAACUUCUGGAGCUCCUUUUCCUUGCUAAUCAAGAUAUAACAUCCUACCAAUUAUUCUUUUUGUGGACUAGUGCUCCUCUUGGAAGCUUUUCCUAUAAUUUAGUCCCUUGUGCAGUAUCUAUAACAUAUAAUUCCGUUAAAUUAUACUACUUCUUUCCUAAAUUCUUUGAAAUGGAAAUGAAUUCCUCUCAUUGUAAUUUUGGAGCUCCUCCACUAGCUCUGGAAAUAAAGCAUUCUUCCUCAAAUCCAAUGGAAGUAAUUUGGAAUUUAUAAUUCACUGGCAUCUUGGAAAACAAGUUUUGCUGUGGAAGGCUGUUUUGAGUAAGGGCGAGUCUAGUCUGCUUUAUGGAUGACUUUGCAUUAGGUUCUUGGGCUGCAUACCAGCGUCCCCUAGUGGAAAUACGUUAUAUGACUCUGAACGCAAACCUGCCACUUUUUAAAGUGUAUUUUCAAGUUUUUAAAAGGCGUAUGUUUUUUAUUUAUUUUUUUGCCAAUAAUCUUGAAAGCAUAAUGCAAAAGGAAUUAUGUUAAAGGUAUUUUAAACCUUUCCCAAAGGGAAAAAUGUACUUAUAUCACAGGGAGUUGCAAUUCUAAUCUUUUGUCCAUUUGAUUGAAGAAAAUUUGCAGGCCAUUUUUACCUCUCACUGUCACAAUCGUUAAUGUCUCUCUUUAUAACCGACACUUUGUUUACUUCAAAACACCAAGUUGGCUGCCUUUUUUUAUUUUACAUGUUAGAUAGAACUCAUGCAGUUUUCUUUUUUUAUUGAAAGUUCACAUCUUGUUCCUUGAAUAUUUUGAACAUUUUUUUGAAUUAUUUUUUUAUCGUUUAUUUUUGUUUUGCACUGUAAAACCGAUUAAAAAUUUAAGCCCGUCUUAGCACAGGAAGUGAAAGAAGGAAUUAAAUGUGUGUGCAUGUUUAAAUCAAGCAUAUUAAAAGUAAUAUGCCAUGUGUUGAAAGUUUUUCUGUUUGUAUGUAUAAAGAUUCCUAGCAUUUUUGUCUAAUGUCAUUGUGUUGCAAUAAUUUAACUCAUUUGAUUUACUUGCUAAAAAUAUUUUGUCUGUUAAGAAGUGCUCUUGACUUCAAUACCUAAACACUGAAAAUUGUGUCUAAGGUGCCCAAAGAUAAGUUUUUCGAUAGAUUUACACCUUAUAAGUUGGGAUCUGUUUUGUUAUUCGUUAAUUUAACUAUGCUGUGUUCUAAAUGAAUCAUGAAUGAGACUAGUUCUUUAUUCUGGAAUUAUUUAAAAUUGUCCUUUAAAAGAAUAAGAGGAAGCUAUAAAUAUAAGCUAAUCUAGUUGCCAAGUUGGGAUUCAUUAUUUAAUUUACCUCUUAUGCAAUGAUUAAUGCUGCAAAAUGUAUGGUUAUAUUAUGGUAUGUUCUCAAAAGAAAUAUUACUGCGAGAUUUGAGAGGUGUAGCCUAUUGUCUUCUUUCAGAAACUUACUGUACUGUUCCAAUGUGUUAAGUGCCUUGUUGUAAAGUAAAAUUUUAAGCCUAGAAUGCGUUAUUUUCCUGACAUAUAUUUUUCAUUAUGAUAUAUACUGUAUGUUAUUAUAAUAGUUUUAUUAAAUGCUUAUGUUUUAAUCAAA